UGUGCAGCGCUGCGGGGUCCCGGGGCAGGAGGUGCCCCCAGGGGAUGGGGUCUAUGCUGUCCCCCAGCCCUAAGGGGACGCUGGGAACAGGCUCAGGACGGGGCCAAGGGGGUGACAUCCCCCUCGGGGCUCGGUUUAGGAUGGCGGGAUGCGAUCCCACACCCUCGUCCUGCGACUGCUUCGUGGCGCUGCCUCCGCACACCGCGGCUCCUGCCGUCAUCUUCGGCAAGAACGCGGACCGGCCGCGGAGCGAGGUGCAGGAGGUGCUCUACGUGCCCGCUGCGCUCCACCAGCCCGGGGACAGGGUCCAGUGCACCUACCUGGAGAUCGAGCAGGCGGAGAGGACCCACGCCGUGGUGCUGAGCCGUCCCGCUUGGCUCUGGGGUGCUGAGAUGGGUGCCAACGAGCACGGGGUCUGUGUGGGCAACGAGGGCGUCUGGACCCGGGAGCCCGUGGGGCAGGAGGAGGCGCUGCUGGGGAUGGACCUGGUGAGGCUGGCUUUGGAGCGGGGCAGCUCUGCCCGGGAGGCCCUGGAGGUGAUCACGGCCUUGUUGGAGCGCUAUGGCCAAGGUGGGAGCUGCAAAGAGGAGCCGGUGCCGUUCAUCUACCACAACACCUUCCUGCUGGCCGACCGCACCGAGGCCUGGGUGCUGGAGACGGCGGGGCGGUACUGGGCAGCCCAGCAGAUCCGAGAGGGCAGCCGGAACAUCUCCAACCAGCUGAGCAUCGGGAAGGAGAUCACGGCCGAGCACCCGGGGCUGCGGCAGCGAGCGCUCAGCCAGGGCUGGUGGAGUGGGGAUGGAGAGUUCAGCUUCGCCCAGGUCUUCUCCCUGCCGCAGCAGCCUCCUCGCAUGGAGGCUGCCAGAGCCCGCUACAGCGCGGGCAGGGAGCUGCUGCAGCAGAACGCAGGUCACAUCACAGCAGAGACCUUCAUGGCCAUCCUGCGGGACAAGGCCAGUGGGAUCUGUGUGGACACGGAGGGGUUCCGCACAGCGGGCAGCAUGGUGUCCGUGCUGCCCCGGGACCCUGCUCUGCCCUGCGUCCACUUCUUCACAGCCACUCCUGACCCCUCCAGGUCUGUCUUCAAGCCCUUUGUGUUCGUGGCCGGGCUCAAGCCUGUGCCGCAGGUGAGAUCUCCAACCUUCCGGGAUGACCCUGCCAAGCGGAUCCCGCGGUUCCAGAGCACGGUGGAUCGGCGGCACGAGCUCUACCGCCGGCAUCAGGCAGCACUGGAGCUGAUGGAGAGCGACCAGGAGCGAGGCCAGAAGCUCCUGCAGACACUGCGGGACCUGGAAAAGCAGGGCCUGGAGGGGAUGAAUGCACUGCUGGAGGGGGCAGUGGCCCCCUGCCCCGAGGAGCUGGCUGACCUCUUCUUUGACUGCGUGGAGGCAGAGAUGAAGUUUUACCCAUAAACCCUGCUCCUGUAUCCAGGGGAUGAGAAAACAUUCCCGGUUCCCACCCCAGCUCCUCACUUGAUCCCAACUGGUGUCUCCAGCCCAGCCUGGGGCUGCAGAGCCUCCAGCUUGCUGGGGAGCCAGCUCUUUGAGAGGUGGCUGUGGCCUGAAAUGCAGCUGCAGGGGGAAGGAGAGGGAUGUGGAUUGGGAUAUGGGGUCCUGCCUAUGACCCCAUGUGUCUUUCCCAUUCUUAGGCUGCAAGGCUGGAUGCUCCAUGGCAGACGGGGGGUUGGUGUAGGAAUAAAGAAGCUUUAAUCCCAGCUGUGCUCUGCUGUGCUGCUGUGGGGUACUGGGGGCAACUCUUUGUUCCUUGCUCCUUUGGCACAAGUGUCCUCAUCCAGAGCCUUGCUCUGGGGCUGCCUCCUGCUGGGAGCUCGCUGGGGCAGCAGUGGCAGUGGUGUCCCCAGCUUCACUUGGGGACGGGGCUGACCCUGCCGGGGGCCUGGGGCCGUGAUGCUGGGUGGGUUCAGUGGCAUUGGUGGCAUCAGCAGAUCCCGGCGCUCCCGCAGCUCCUCCAGCUUUUCCAGAUGGGUCUGAUGUUCCUCCAGGGCUUCCCUCCUCCUCCUCUCAGAGUGCCUGGCCAGCUCCUGGUGCAGAUCCGCAAAGAAAUCUGCCAGGGAUCAUAGAACCAUGGAAUCAACCAGGUGGGAAAAGCCCUUUGAACUCAUCUAGUCCACACCAUUCCCCAGCACUGCCAAGGCCACCACUAACCCAUGGCACUGAGGCCUCGUCUACACAGUAUGUGAACACUUGCAAGGACCUUGUUCAGCCUCUUCCAAUGCCUGAGCACCCUUUGGGAAGGAA